AUGUCUGUGUCUGGGAAGAAGGAUUUUGACAUGAAGCAGAUACUGAGGUUGCGCUGGCGCUGGUUUAGUCACUCGUCCCAAGGUCCGGCUGGAAGUGGCAGUGGUGGGAUGGGGGGCUUUGUCCCACAGGAUUCUGGCUUGGAUCACAGAACAACUCCUGUCCAUGGGCGUCUCAAGAGCCACUCACGGGAAAGAAGUGCUGGAGGUCUAAGGAAGAAUAGUAGUCCAGUGCAUAACAUCCUAUCACCGACACCGGGCCCCACACCUGUCUGCGUUAGGAGCGGUCAACACUCAUGGCAUCAGCAACACAGCACUAUCCAGGGUGUACACAUCAGUGAAGAGACUCCCAAAAGCUCCUCCCUUCCAAGCACUCCUAGGAAAGAUGACAGCAUCUCUGGACAGGAAGAUGCCAAAAGCAGCAUAGAGAAGCCUCCAGAGGUGGAGUCCAGAGAAAGGUAUGGCUAA